AUGCUUCCCCUACGCUUAACCGUCGUCGUUUCGUCUCUCCUCCUUUCUUGCAUCUUCCAACCCUUCUGUCUCGGGAUCCGCUCCUUCCCCACCGUAGACUCCACCACCACCGCCACCACCACCACCACCGCCGCCACCACUAACCUCUUCCACUUCUCCGAAGCCCCGGAGUAUCGAAACGGCGCCGGUUGCCCUGUCCCCGGCAACAAAAACUCCAUCCCAUCAUGCGACCCAUCACUAGUCCACAUCGCAAUGACACUCGACUCCGGCUACCUGCGCGGCUCCAUCGCCGCCGUCCACUCCGUCCUCCGCCACUCCUCCUGCCCCGAAAACGUUUUCUUCCAUUUCAUCUCCGCCGAGUUCGACCCAGUGAGUCCACGUGUAUUGACUCGUUUGCGCUAG